AUGUCUGUGCAUGGCCACCCCGAUCCAGCACCAGGAGCAUCAGCGGCAUCAAAAGCAUCGGGAGCGGGAACGGUGACCAGAUGGAGGCCACAGAGCGGCCGUCCGACCAGCAGCACGCUCUUACCGUCCCCCAUUGCGUCCCUCAUCAGCCUGGUGACGCAGUCGACCUCGCUAUCCCUGAGGUUCUGGACAUAUCUCGGUAGUUUUGCGAUCAAUAGCGCCAGGGCAACAACUCUUACCGGGCUGGAACUGAGUAGAGCCGUAGUCGAGGGUAUCCUGAUCCGCGCCGGACGGGACGUCGUGACCCGUAGCAGUGAUGAGCAUGGGAGGUUUGAGGCAGAGUCACUUUUAGAGCGAAGCUUGGCGACUCUGCAUACAACUAUUACUUCUGCUUCCUUCUUUGCAUCUGCGAGCUUCCAUCUCUCCUCUGUCACCCUCUCCUCGGUGACAUCAUUCUCCCAGACUCUCCUCUCGACCCUCGAUGCAAUUCUCGGGUCCACCGAGUCCUCCAGGGCGAUUGCUGCUAUCAUCACUCUCAUUCGACGUGAACUGAGAAAUCCGGAACUAAUCCCACCUGGGGAGACAGUCGGUGUUGGAGAUUUACUCGUUGGUUCUGUGGGAUUUGUGCUACUACAGCGAUGGGGCCGGAGAAAGACAGGUAAGGAGGUAAGACUGAAUGGAAAUGAGGAAACGAUAUGGGAUGUCGUCAUUCUUGACAACGGGUUGAGAGCAGAUGUUGUUGGCACUCACCAGACGGCAUACGGAGAAGACAUUGAGGGAGCUGAUUCCUCGUCUAUACGGCCUUCCUCGUUCCUUAUACCCGAUGUCACAGGUGGUGAUGAAAGCCUUGACACUGUUGAACGAGGAAAUGCAUCGUUUACCCAUCUCAGCCACCUCGUCCCCCACGUAUCUCUCUCCGCGGAUCGUCAACAUGAACUCGCUGACGAUGAGAUCCGUCGUUAUAUCGUGGAGCAACUACCGCGAGGCUGCCAUGCAACGAUAAAGACCGACACAGUCACCGCAAGGACAAUCACAGUCGACGUUUUUGACUCCGGCUGUGUCGACAUUUCUCCACCACCCGGAACUACAAAGGUUGAGGAAAGAAUACAACCAGAAUACAAUCAUGCCAUAACAGGCUCGGAUUUGACUAGUGAAGCUCGACCCAAACAUACGGUCGUUUUUAGAACCGUAUCGAAUUCCGUCCAGGACUCAGAGUUGCGUAUACCCUCUCACGCAACCACUCCAGAGUCACAGUUCGGCUGGCCGCAGGUGGAUGCUAGAGAGAAUAUUUACAACGACGACGCACACUUGACGCCGUCAGCCAGCAUCGAGUCUAGCCCCCGAAUGCAGCCCAAGCGCAUUCCCCGUCGACGGAGGAGCUCAGUAUCAGAUACGAGUGGCUCUGAGACCCCCAGAAGCCUCGGAACAAGGUCUUUUGCACGCAUCAGUAGCAAGGUGAAAGCCAACGCAGAAGACAAGCUCGGUAAUAAACUCUCCUCGAAGAAACUGUCUAAGGGGAGCGGCCCGAAUGCAGCGCAAGGCAUCUCCCCCAGGACCUCGUCAGCUAAGGAUAAUAAACCCCGGAUAAAAAACACUCUCAGUAGUUUCCAAAAGGGAUUAAGCUCCAACAAAGAAAGGGACCCGACAAGCAAUAAACCAGCAGCGAGAAAUUCGACGGUGUUGUCAGAUGCUACAAAUAGGAUCCGGCCCUUGUCUCCCCAGAAAGGAAAAUCCGCUCCAUCCCAAAGGAAAAUGGAACGCGAGGCCUGCUCCAACGAGACUAACCCAGGAGGAUCGCUAGCAUCCGGCCGCUACUUACUCCGCGAGACGAGCUCUGAGUCGUUCAUUGCUCAAACGGAUGCCUAUUCCAUUCGCUCUCCAGAGGGACGGUCCAGCUCACCAUCCCUUCCAAGGGAGCAUAUCCGUAGCAGUUCUUCCUUGUCUAGAGCGAGGUCUGAAAAAGAUAUGUCUCUCUUACUCAACUUCACUAGCCGUCCCGCUACUCCUGCAAUGUCUCGUCGGAACUCGUCAAAAUCCGCGGUUCCUAGCAUAUACUCUAUCGCCACAGGGUCAGAAACUUCCCUCCUGUUAGCACCUCGAACAGGCAAGAGUGCAUACGAUGGCAAUUCCGCUCUCUCAUCUCUUUCACGUACUGGUUACGUUCCAGGACUUUACCCUUCUAACAAUCUAGUGCGUAAUAUACGCCGCUUUUCUCGCUUUUCGUCUGCAUCAUACGGGUCAAAUUUCCUUAGGGUAAUGGGGAUCUCCAAUGCUGCUCAAAAGCUACAUCAAGACCCAGUAGACCAUCAUGAGCAUAGCUCGUUUUCAGACCACACAGGGCUACCAACUUCGACCAUUUUACUUUCGUCCUUUGUCGAUCCAGCCGGCGGUACCAACUCUGCCGGGGUUCCAUCUGAAGGCUUUCCGUUAGUCCAUUAUUUAGCCUUAGAUCACGAAUCUAAAGCUGCAGUUUUAACGCUGAGAGGUACUUGGGGGUUUGAGGAUAUUCUUACCGACAUGACAUGCGAUUAUGACGACAUGCAUUGGCUGGGCAGGACCUAUCAAGUCCACAAGGGAAUGUUAGCUUCUGCGAAGCGUCUACUAGAAGGUGGCGGAGGCAAAGUCAUGGCCACAAUCAAAUCAGCCCUGGAAGAAUUCCCUGAAUACGGCGUCAUUUUCUGCGGGCAUUCACUUGGAGGCGGAGUGGCUGCGCUCCUUGCUACGCUGAUAUCACAGCCACAACACCCCGACUUACCGGGCCCAUCAUUCGUCACAUCAUCGAAUCAAGCUCUCACUGGCCUCCUACCCGCCACUGCUAAUGAAGGUACCCACAAUACCCAACAGCAAAUGGGCCAAUUUUCCCUCCCUCCUGGCCGACCGGUUCACGUCUAUGCAUAUGGCCCACCUGCUGUGAUGAGCCCAUCACUCCGCCUAGCCACUAGAGGAUUGAUUACCACAAUAGUCAAUGGGCAUGAUGUUGUACCAACCCUUUCCCUAGGUGUACUACAUGACUUCCACAGUGUUGCCCUUUCUUUCAAGCGUGAUGUUGCCGACGCCAAAUCUCAAGUAAAAGCUCGAGUAUGGGACGCAAUCACUCGCAGCAUUGCUAACAAGCUAUACAUGGAUAACCCUAUUUCAGUUCACGCAGGUGAUGGUCUUGGGGAAGAUUCAUGGGCGUGGAAUACACUUAAGUCUCUGCGAGAAAGUCUGACGGCCACAAAGCUGCUACCCCCGGGAGAGGUAUUCGUUGUCGAAACGAUGCGUGUCUUACAACGCGAUGCCUUUACGGGUGAUGUGGUCACUGCAGACGGAUACCCGCGUCUUGGCCGGCCUGCCACUCGGGUUCAAUUAAAAUACAUCCGAGACGUGGAGAAGAGAUUCAGUGAGGUUAGAUUCGGAUCUGGCAUGUUGUUAGAUCACAGUCCAGCAAGGUACGAAACUACUUUGGCAGUACUGGCACGGGGUGUCCUUGAAGAUUAG